AUGCUGCAUCUGGAAAAGCUGAGAAUGGAAAGCCCUUUGGCCGAGGAACAGCUUUUCCCAUUAAGUGCUGUGGUAACUCUUCGUGCCUCUCUUCUUGCAGGGGGGUAUGAGCGUUUCUCCUCCGAGUUCCCCGAAUUCUGCGCAAAAUCCAAGUCCCUGAGCAAUGUGUCACCCCCCACCAGUGCCGAGCCCCUGGAUUUGGGCUGCAGUUCCUGUGGGACCCCGCUUCACGACCAGGGUGGCCCUGUGGAAAUCCUUCCCUUCCUCUACCUUGGCAGCGCCUACCACGCUGCCCGCCGGGACAUGCUUGACGCGCUGGGCAUCACAGCACUGCUGAACGUCUCCUCGGUCUGCCCGCUGAACGUCUCCUCGGACUGCCCCAACCACUUCGAGGGGCACUACCAGUACAAGUGCAUCCCUGUGGAGGACAACCACAAAGCUGACAUCAGCUCCUGGUUCAUGGAGGCCAUUGAGUACAUCGACUCAGUAAAGGAGUGCUGUGGCCGGGUCCUCGUCCACUGCCAGGCCGGCAUCUCCCGCUCAGCCACCAUCUGUUUGGCUUACCUGAUGAUGAAGAAGCGCGUCAAGCUGGAGGAGGCCUUUGAGUUCGUCAAGCAGCGCCGGAGCAUCAUCUCCCCAAACUUCAGCUUCAUGGGGCAGCUGCUGCAGUUCGAGUCGCAGGUGUUGGCCACCUCAUGUGCGGUGGAAGCCGUCAGCCCCUCGGGAACACUGCGGGAGCGGGGCAAGGCCACCUCCACCCCCACCUCCCAGUUUGUCUUCAGCUUCCCGGUGUCUGUGGGUGUCCAUGCCACCCCCAGCAGCCUCCCGUACCUGCACAGCCCCAUCACCACGUCGCCCAGCUGUUAG